UUCAACAGAAAAGAUGUUUACGAAAUACAAAAAAACAUACAACGGUAUGUCAUAGACCCACUUGUAAAUAUUAUUACAUCUUUUUCUGCCAACCAAAUCAAUACAAUCUGUCCCCAAAUACAUACAGAUUUAGGAGAUUUGUUAUCGCAAUGUAAAAAUCCAUUUAAAUUUUCAAACACUGAUUAUCGUUUGUUUCAAUGGAUGAAAGAAGAACAAUUAAUUGAAGAUGCUCAGGAAUUCACCAUUGAUGAAUCCAUUAGUAAAGUAUUUCAUAAUGGCUCUUUACACUAUGAUCAGCACAAAGUAAAAGGUGUUAUUAUGCCAUUACGGUUCCAAUUUAAAAAGGUAUUUGAAUCAAGAAGUAUGUUAGCUAAUGUACUUGAAAACAUAAAAAAUCAAUUGUUGAAUACAAAAAGUGUAAAGAAUUUUGUUCAAGGAGAGCUAUGGAAAAAGAAAUGCGAAAUGUACCCAGGAAAACAACUUAUACCGUACUUUUUAUAUAAUGAUGAAUUUGAGGUGAAUAACCCGUUAGGUUCGCAUAGUGGUCAACAUUCCGUGAGCAAUGUUUAUUACUCAUUUCCUUGUUUAUCAGAAAAAGAGUCAAAGUUGGAAUACGUUUACUUAGGAGCAGUCAUUAAGUCUAAAGAUGUAAAAUCAUUUGGCAACGAAAAGUGUUGGAAAACUUUAGUUGAUGAACUAAUAGACCUUGAAGUUAACGGAGUUGACAUUUUAACGGAAAAUGGUGUAAGCAGAGUGUAUUUUAUACUUGGACUUGUCUUAGGAGAUAAUUUGGGAUUAAAUUCAUUUCUUAAUUUCAAUAGAUCCUUUGUAAGUACAAGCUUCUGCCGAUUUUGUAAAAUGAAUAAAUUGGAGACACAUACGGCCAAUGUUGAAAAUAUUUCUCUUAUGCUAAGUGAAAUCAACUAUCAAGUAGAUGUUACUGAAAAUCUAUCAUCAGAAAGUGGAAUCCGAAAAAUUUCACUGUUAAAUGAAAUACCAUCUUUCCACGUCGUAGAUAACUAUAGUGUUGAUGUGAUGCAUGAUGUUUUCGAAGGUGUUUGCCACUAUGAUCUUACCCAUGCUUUGACUUAUUUUAUGGAAACAGCCAAAUACUUUAACUUAGAAACAUUGAAUUCAAGGAAAAGUAACUUCGAUUACGGUCCGAUUGAAAUUGAUAACACUUCGGGGGAUAUAACAACUACACAUUUAUCUAAAAAGCAUUUAAAAAUGUCUGCCCGAGAAAUGAUGACGUUUGCUUAUUGUUUUCCACUAAUGAUUGGUGAUUUAGUUCCUCAGGAUGAUGAGGUUUGGAAGUUUAUUUUGAAUUUUUUCGAAAUCAUUGAUAUGAUACUCUGUUAUGAAAUAAACACAGCCAUUAUAGAUCUAUUUAGGCAUAAAAUAUCAAUGCAUAACACAGACUACGUACGCCUUUUCAACGAUAAUCUUAAAGCCAAACAUCACAAUCUCACUCAUUAUCCAACAGUUCUUCGGAAGUCUGGACCUUUGAAAGCUUUUUGGUGCUUCAAAUAUGAAUCAAAACAUAGACAGUUUAAAGUGUACUCUCAUGCAACAACAUCGCGUAAAAACAUUUGCCUAAGUUUAGCCAGAAAAUAUCAACUUCAAUUUGCUUAUUCGAUAGUAGAACCUACGAUAAAUGAUGGUUGGUAUACAAUAAAUGAAUCAGAUCAGACAAAAAGUGGCUAUGAUAGCAUCAUAUCGAGGAUCUUAAAAGUUUCAAAUACAUCCGUAAAAUCAUUUUCAAAAACAAAAUGCAAUGGGUAUAUGUUCAAAAGUGGAUUCUAUGUAGCAGUUUAUGAAAAUGAUAUUGAGAUUUAUUUAAUCUUAAAUAUAUUUAUGGUGGAGAUUAAUUCGAUUGCUCUGUUUUGUCAAAAGUUAAAUAUGAUUGAAUAUAAUCCGCACUAUUUAGCUUACGAUAUAGUUCAAGGUCAACUAGGAGAGUUUUCAAUCAUAAACAUCAAAGAUUUGGUUGGACCCCCUUUAACUAAAAUCAAAACUUCGAGGGGUAGAACUAUGAUCAAAGUCAAAGAAUAUUACUCCGCAAAUAUAAUAUAAUCGUUUUUCUCAUCAAAGUACCAUUUCUUUUUACAAACUAGCUGAUAUAAAAAAGAAAAACUCAUACAAAAAUGGAGUCGCCAGUAAAAACUGAAGAAACACCACAACUCCCUCCAGCUCAAAACGAGUUUUUGUCAAUUCAAGUCACCAACACACAGCCAACAAAUUAUUUUCUAUCAGAUGAUGAUCAAAACGAAUUGAGCCAAAAUAAUCAAGGAAUUAUUGUUAUAGACACCUCAAGUGAAAUCACACAAGUUUUACUUGAAAGUGAGGUGAAGAAGCAAGAACUACGGUCACUUCUUCAAUCUUGGGAGCUACCUGAACUAGAAAAUUAUUUUUUUGAACAAAAAAUUUUCGUUCACAUCUUGAAAAUAAUAAAAACAGAAGAUGUGGAGAAAGCUUUACAAAAUUUUCCUCUUGGUACUCAAGUA